AUGUCUGAACACUCGACCCUGGCUGGAUCAUCUUUACCUAACAACAAUAUCAAUAUGAAUGAGAAAAACAAAAACAUCAUCAACAAUGGUGUCGACAAUGCUACUUUGACAGAUCAAAACGGCAUAAUGAACAAUGAUAAAGAGAUAUCGACGCGUUCAGAGCAAGUCACAAAUUCCAAUGCGAUCGACCAAGAAGCUCAACAAUCGCUUGAAAGGCACAAAUCGAAGCAAUUGAGGGAAGGAGCUUCAGAUGCGGAACACCUUCAUAGUCCUCUGGCAGAGUUGGGUCAAGCGAGGAAGAACUUCUUGUUGUUCAUCUUCUCAGUUGCUACUUUCAUCGAUAUCUGCAAUGUUUCCGGUGUUGCGGUUGCUGUAGCUCAAAUCUCCAUCGAUAUCAAAUUGAAUCAGUCGCAAAUUGUCUGGAUCAUCACAUCUUACUCUUUGUGUUUCGCUGCAUUCCUCCUCUUUGCUGGACGAUUGGCCGAUCUAUUCCCGGCUCAGGUCGUCUUCGAAGCUGGAUUUUUCGUUUUAGGUAUACUCAGUCUGGUCACAUCGUUUGUCACAUCAAACAAGUAUGGCUUCCUAAUUCUCAGAGGUCUGGGAGGUAUCGCCGGAGCGAUGACAAUCCCUUCUGCUUACCAUCUCACCGUACACAUGUUUCCGGAACCUAAAGAGCAGCAGGGCAAACUUGCGUUGUUGGGUAUGGCAGGAGCAAUAGGAAAUGUGCUAGGACUUGUCCUUGCUGGUAUCUGUAUGUUGGCAAACUACCGAUGGUUCUUCCGGGUACUCGCAAUUCUCUGUGUCCUCUUCACCGUGCUCUGCAUCUUCCUCCUCCCAUUCACCGGAUCAACUUACAUUCCAGAUCCAUCUACACCACGAUGGAAGCGACUCGACAUCAUUGGUGUACUGAUCAUGAUGGGCGCUUUGAUCACUUUCAUCUUGGCUCUCACUCAAGGCCCGAUUGACGGUUGGGGUUCGGCAAGUUUCAUCGCCCCGUUCGUUCUCAGUUUCCCCUUGGCUGUUGGGUUCUUCUUCUGGGAAUCCAAGAUCCCACCCAAAUCUGCCGUCUUGCCUAGUUCAGUAUGGCAGAUUACCAAUAUCGUCAUUGCGAGUUUGGCGGUUGGUAUCGCUUUCCCCUUCUGGGCUACUUCGCAAUUGCUCUACGCUACCUGGUUCCAACAAGUCUUCAGGUGGACGCCUAUUCACGUCGCCGCUGCCAUGCUCCCUCAAGGUAUCACCGGUCUUCUUAUCGGUGGGUUGACUCAAGCCGUACCUCAAAUCAUUACCAAACCCAGGUGGUCGAUGGCUAUUGGAGGUGUCUUGAUCAUUGUUGCGGAGCUUCUUCAAGUAUUCUCGGAUGGUGGUGCCGGUAAAGAUUACUGGAAAUACUGUUUCCCAGCUUUCAUCUUGGGAAGUGCUGGUGCAGUAGUCACAUACUUUGCCUCGGCCAUCAACCUUAUUGCUUAUUGUCCACCAGAAAUGGCUGGAGUAGCAGGAGCUUGGACACAAGUACUCGCCCAAAUUGCCGGAGCGAUCACAUUGGCCGUACAAGCUUCCUUCGAGGGAUCAGGUAACGGUGAUUGGAAAUUGGUCGGCAGGAGAUCAUUCUACUUCCAAAUUGCUUGGACCGCAAUUCUGGUAAUUCAAUACUUAGUUUUCUACAAGAACCCUGGUACACCCGAGGAAGAACAUGAUGCCGCUAGAAGGAGGAUCGCCGCUAAGGGUGGUGAUGCUGGUGUCAUCUCGGCCUAA